AUGGGUUCAUCAAGGGAUGUGAGCAGCUCAGGUUCCAUCAGUGGAAAGCGGCGUCGCAGUAGUAGAACCCGUUCAGCCUCAAGCAAGUCCUCAGGAGUCAAGAAAGCGACAGGUAAAUCACGAACUCACGACGCCGAGCCACGCGGAGAUAAAGACCGCAUAUCUGGCAAGCUCCACGAUGCUCAACGGUACUUCGAUGAAGUCGGCCAGCCAUUCCUCAAGGGGCAAUGGGACACCAUUCAGAAAGUCAAGUCCGGAAUCAACACCGCGAGGACCCUAUAUAAGUACUACCAGAAGGCGCAGACCUUGGCGACAGCGGCACAGAGCGGGCAAUAUCCCAGCCUUAGGCGAAACGGGGCAGGGCAUAAGGCAGGCGCGUUAGAGACUCGCGGGGAGCCGUCCGUCGCUGAUGUCCUGUGGGCUCUGCAAAAGACCAACGCCCGCCUCGACAGAAUCGACGCUUAUCUUGGCUUCAUGACUGAUGAGCCUCGUGUGAACCUACCCGUGCAGAAUGAGACCGGUCCGGCUCGCGUCACGGCCUGGGUGUUCCCCGCGUGCCCUAAGGACGUCCAGUACUCAUCCAUCUGGGAAUGCCGAGAGAAGGGAUGCUUCUUGGCCUGUCGGGAGUGCAAGCACGGACUUUUGAGUCCGGCCGAAGGCCACCACGUUUGCACGGACUGCAGGAGGCGCGAAGCUAUUAAGGGCGAUCGUCAUCUGACGACGCGGGAAAAGCGCAAGAGGUCCAUGGUAGAAUAUCAGGGGGAUUCCGAGGUGUCUUUGCGGAGCGGAAGCUCCAAGAAGUCGCGGCGACGAAGCUCGCAUGAUAAUGGACCUGGCAGUGCACACCGCCAGCCACAUGUCGAGAGGGCAGGGCCUGUGCGUAUUAGAGACGCGUGGUUGACAAAGGAAGGCAAAGACAGGCUCCUCCGGAAGUACAACUUCUGA